AGAAGCAGCAGAAGCAGCAACAACAUCAAUAUCAAUAAAAAGCCGAGGCUGAGAAAUCGUGAAUCGCUGACGACGACGUCGACGACGACCACGACGACACGUAGUAGAUAUCAGGGGUCAUAAGCAGACGUCGACGCCAUGAGGGAAAUCGUACACUUACAAGCGGGUCAAUGCGGCAACCAAAUCGGAGCCAAGUUUUGGGAGGUGAUCUCGGAGGAGCACGGCAUUGACCAGUCGGGCAUUUAUCACGGCGACAGCGACCUGCAACUCGAGAGGAUCUCCGUCUACUACAACGAGGCCUCGGUCGCAACAUCGACAAAUGGGGGCAAGUAUGUGCCGCGGGCUAUCCUCCUGGACUUGGAGCCCGGGACCAUGGACGCUGUGCGCUCCGGAGCUUACGGCAAGCUAUUCCGCCCGGACAACUUCGUUUUUGGCCAGUCGGGUGCCGGUAACAAUUGGGCCAAGGGCCACUACACCGAGGGCGCCGAACUCGUCGACUCGGUCCUCGACGUCGUGCGCAAAGAGGCCGAGAGCUGUGACUGCCUCCAGGGCUUCCAGCUGACGCACUCGUUGGGAGGAGGAACCGGUUCCGGUAUGGGUACGCUCCUCAUUUCCAAAAUCCGCGAGGAGUAUCCGGACAGAAUCAUGAACACCUACUCGGUCGUCCCGUCGCCCAAGGUCUCCGACACCGUUGUCGAGCCCUACAACGCCACCCUCUCCGUCCACCAGCUGGUCGAGAAUACUGACGAAACCUACUGCAUUGACAACGAAGCAUUAUACGAUAUCUGCUUCAGAACACUCAAGGUCUCAAAUCCAUCAUACGGCGAUCUUAAUCACCUGGUCUCGUUGACGAUGUCGGGUGUAACGACGUGUCUACGCUUCCCUGGCCAGCUGAACGCCGACUUGCGCAAGCUCGCCGUGAACAUGGUGCCCUUCCCCCGCCUUCACUUCUUCAUGCCGGGCUUCGCACCCUUAACAUCCCGCUCGAUGCAGCAGUACUCCGCACUUUCCGUCCCCGAGCUCACCCAGCAGAUGUUCGACGCCAAGAACAUGAUGGCGGCCUGCGAUCCGCGACACGGGCGCUACUUGACGGUUGCCGCCGUCUUCCGUGGUCGCAUGUCCAUGAAGGAGGUCGACGAGCAGAUGCUCAGCGUCCAGAACAAGAACAGCUCGUACUUCGUCGAGUGGAUCCCGAACAACGUGAAGACCGCUGUAUGCGACAUCCCGCCGAAGGGUCUCAAGAUGUCGUCGACCUUCAUCGGCAACACCACUGCCAUCCAGGAGCUGUUCAAACGCAUCUCCGAGCAGUUCACCGCCAUGUUCCGAAGGAAAGCUUUCUUGCAUUGGUACACGGGGGAGGGCAUGGACGAGAUGGAAUUCACCGAGGCCGAGUCGAACAUGAACGAUUUGGUGUCCGAAUAUCAACAGUACCAGGAGGCGACUACCGAGGAGGACUUUGAGACCGAGGAUGCAGGCGAUGAUUUCGAGACGUGUGAUCAGGAGUGAAGAUCGCCGGCGGAGUCGAUCAAUGGCAGACGAUUUCAGCGAAGAAUUGGCAAUGCCGACAUUGCUGAUUGAUUGCCGACAUCGUUUGUCUUACGUAAACAUUA